GAGGGCAUCACGCUGACGACGCGCGAAGGGCACGGAUCUGAGGGCCCGGAGGACAUUCGGCCUCUGUGAGCCGCAGCCUUUCCGAGGGAGCGGUUGUGUGUUCGCCAUCUUAGGCAGAAGAUGUUCUCGUCCGUGGCGCACCUGGCGCGGGCGAACCCCUUCAACGCGCCACAGCUGCAGCUCGUGUACGAUGGGCCCCGCAGCGGCCCGGCUGGGCCUCCGGGCCCGCCCCGGCGCUCCCGCAACCUGGCAGCCGCCGCGGUGGAAGAGCAGUAUAGCUGUGACUAUGGAUCUGGCAGAUUCUUUAUCCUUUGUGGACUUGGAGGGAUUAUUAGCUGUGGCACAACACAUACAGCAUUGGUUCCUCUAGAUCUGGUUAAAUGCAGAAUGCAGGUGGACCCCCAAAAGUAUAAGGGCAUAUUUAAUGGAUUCUCAGUUACACUUAAAGAGGAUGGUGUUCGCGGUUUGGCUAAAGGAUGGGCUCCAACUUUCAUUGGCUACUCUAUGCAAGGACUCUGCAAGUUUGGCUUUUAUGAAGUCUUCAAAGUCUUGUAUAGCAACAUGCUUGGUGAGGAAAAUGCCUACCUCUGGCGCACAUCGCUAUAUUUGGCUGCUUCUGCUAGUGCUGAAUUCUUUGCUGACAUUGCCCUGGCUCCUAUGGAAGCUGCUAAAGUUCGAAUUCAAACCCAGCCUGGUUAUGCAAACACUUUGAGGGAUGCAGCUCCCAAAAUGUAUAAGGAAGAAGGCUUAAAAGCAUUCUACAAAGGAGUUGCUCCUCUGUGGAUGAGACAGAUACCAUACACCAUGAUGAAGUUUGCCUGCUUUGAACGUACUGUUGAAGCAUUGUACAAGUUUGUGGUUCCAAAGCCCCGAAGUGAAUGUUCAAAGGCAGAGCAGCUGGUUGUAACAUUUGUGGCAGGUUACAUAGCUGGAGUGUUCUGUGCAAUUGUUUCUCAUCCUGCUGAUUCUGUAGUAUCUGUGCUGAACAAAGAGAAAGGUAGCAGUGCCACUCAGGUCCUUCAGAGACUUGGCUUUAAAGGUGUGUGGAAGGGACUCUUUGCUCGUAUCAUCAUGAUUGGUACUCUGACUGCACUACAGUGGUUCAUCUAUGACUCUGUGAAGGUUUACUUCAGGCUCCCUCGCCCUCCUCCACCUGAGAUGCCAGAGUCUCUGAAGAAGAAGCUUGGGUUAACUCAGUAGAUAGAUCAAAUAUGGACUGAAUCUGCUUGUUGAUCAGUGUUGAAGAAAGUGCAAAAGGAACUUUUAUAUAUUUGACAGUGUAGAAAUUGUCUAUUCCUGAAAUAAUCACUGUAGUACCCUUGCUUAAGGCAAGAGUUUCAAACUUACUGUUGAAAUAAACCAAUCUGUUCAUGAUUUGUCUGUGAGUUUAUAGUUACUUUAAAAAAUCAGUUUUAACCCUAACAUAGCUGUAAUGAAUUAAGACCCCAAGGGAAAAAAUGGAAACUAACCAAUAGUGGUUGACUAUUUCAACCCCUUCUCAUAAAUUGUCCUAUGUCCUAAGUUUU